CAGGACAAGGUACAGAAAUUAUUUCUGCAAAGCUGAUACGGUGAGGAUGGUGCUGGGCUUUGCAGGCACGAUUCUUCUGACUGCCUGUGUUACCAUUCUGCUUUUCCUCUUCAAAUGGAGAGGCAAAAUCAAACUCAAAAAUCUGCCCCCAGGACCAACCCCAAUUCCAUUGUUGGGUAAUAUUCCACAGAUCAACACUAGAGAACUUCCUGACUCCUUGCUCGAGUUAAGUAAAACCUAUGGACCUGUGUACACCCUAUAUCUGGGCAGUUAUCGAUCAGUUAUGCUCAUUGGGUACGAUACUGUGAAAGAGGCAUUGGUCGAUCGCAGUGAAGUGUUUAGUGAUAGGGGAAAUAUGGAAUUUACCGAGCUGAUAUUUAAAGAUUAUGGUGUUAUAAUGAGCAAUGGGGAGAGGUGGAAAACAAUGCGGAGAUUUACUCUCAUGACUCUACGAAAUUUCGGAAUGGGGAAGAGGAGCAUUGAGGAAAGGAUCCAAGAGGAAUCACAAAGCCUUGUCGAGGCAUUUGGAAAGAAUAAAGAUAAACCAUUUGACCCAAUGUACCUCCUGGUACUUGCUGUAUCCAAUAUCAUCUGUUCUGUUAUCUUUGGUGAGAGAUUUGACUAUGAGGAUGAAAGAUUUAUGACAUUACUGAUGUACCUGAGGGAGAUAAUAAGAUUGUCAAACACAUUCAUUGGACAGCUUCUCAAUUUCUUUCCAAAUAUUUUACGACAUAUUCCUGGCCCCCACCAAAAUAUUUUCAAAUAUUUUGAUAAACUAAAGGAGUUUGUGAGGGAUGAAGCAAAUGCUCACAAAGACUCACUGGAUAGGAACUGUCCAAGGGACUUUAUAGAUUGCUUUCUUAUGAAAAUGGAAGAGGAAAAAAAUAAUCCUAACACGGAAUUCCACAAUGAGAAUUUGAAUGAAGUCAUCUUUGAUUUGUUUUUCGCUGGGACAGAGACCACUAGUGUAACACUGAGAUAUGCCUUUCUUAUAUUACUCAAAUAUCCAGAUAUUCAAGAAAAGAUUCACAAGGAGAUUGAUCAAGUGAUAGGCCAAGACCGCUGUCCAUCAGUUGAAGACAGGAGCAAGAUGCCAUAUACUGAAGCUGUGAUCCAUGAGGUUCAGAGAUUUGCAGACAUUGUUCCAGCUGGACUGGCCCAUGCAGCCAGCAAAGACACAAGCUUCAGAGGAUAUUACAUUCCUAAGGGUACUUUGAUCUUUCCAGUGCUGAGAUCUGUGCUAAAGGAUCCUAAACACUUCAAAAACCCAUAUCAAUUUGACCCUGGGCACUUUUUGGAUGCCAAUGGCUCUUUUAAGAAGAAUGAUGCAUUCAUGCCAUUUUCUGCAGGAAAACGUGUGUGCGCAGGGGAGGGACUUGCUCGUAUGGAGCUCUUCAUAUUUCUCACUACCAUCUUACAAAAGUUCAUUUUAAAACCGACAGUGGAUACGGAAGUCAUUAAAAUUACCCCAGAGCCAAAGACCAAUGGUUCACGACCUAGGCCCUUCAAGAUGUUUGUUGUCCCUCGCUGCUGAAGCAGGAUAUUCCAAAAUGCCAAAAUGAUGAUGCUUACAAAUCAUUUUUUGUCCUUACACAUCAGUAAUAAAGGUGUCCCUACCCUAA